UUUUUUAAUUGGAACCCGAAAGUGCUGUCUCCGCAUGGUAUGUAUUGCUCUAACUUCAUAGCUCUAGGACGGUCCACUUCCAGGCAUUUCAGGUCUUAGGGCGACCCCCUUCGGCGAUCUUUCGUCCCGGAAGUGUGGCAGCCCCCGGAGUCGUUCCAGCCGCCACCGUCUCUAUGAGCGCUCCGCCGUUCCAGCCGCCACCCUCUCCAUGAUCGCUCCACCUCUCCGUCGGCCAUGAAGUCCGCCUUCGUUACCGUCGGCACCACCAGCUUCGACGACCUCAUUACCGCCGUGACGGCCACCGAAGCGACCCAGGCUUUACAGGACCUCGGCUAUAACAGACUUGUCCUUCAGGUUGGCCGGGGGAAGGAGUGUCCAGCUUCGUUUAGCACAGCCACGUUCACCCUGGAAGCGUUCAGGUUCAAGAACUCACUUUCUGAAGAUGUGGAAAGAGCAGAUCUUGUCAUCAGCCAUGCAGGAGCAGGCAGCUGUUUGGAGGUUUUGGAAGCUGGGAAACCUCUCCUGGUUGUCAUCAAUGACAAACUUAUGGACAACCAUCAGCUGGAAUUGGCAAGGCAGUUGCACAGAGACGGACAUCUCUUUUACUGCACUAGCAGGACCCUUGUGGAGAUGCUCAGAUCAAUGGACUUGUCUACUCUGAAGCCUUUUCCUCCUGGACAACCAGAAAAAUUUGCUGCAUUCUUGGACAAAGUGAUUGGCACGGCGGCGGCGACGACCAUGCAGAAGGGCUGGAAGAAGUACUUCGGCCAGAAGUCCCUCAGCGAGGUGACCAUGGACGAGUACCUGAGCAGCCUGGGGCUGUACCGCAAGCUCACGGCCAAAGACGCCACUUGCCUCUUCCGGGCCAUUUCCGAGCAGGUUUAUGCCUGUCAGAUUCAUCAUAUGGCAGUCAGAAAUGCUUGUGUUUCCUUCAUGAGGAAAAAUCAGUUGAAUUUUGAGUCUUACGUGGAAGGUUCAUUUGAGAAAUACUUGGAACGACUUGGAGACCCCAAGGAAAGUGCUGGGCAGCUAGAAAUCACUGCCUUCUCACUGAUCUAUAACCGAGACUUCAUUCUUUAUCGGCACCCUGGAAAACCUGCUUCUUACGCUACUGAUAAUGGCUUUGAAGAAAAGAUUCUACUGUGUUGUUCCAGUAAUGGUCAUUAUGAUUCUGUGUAUACCAAACAAUUUCAAGCAAAUGCUGCGAUCUGCCAGGCUGUCCUGUAUGAGAUUCUGUACAAAAACGUCUUCAAUGUGGAUGAAGAAGAAUUGAGAACUGCCGUUGAGAUGUUUCGAAAUGGGGCUAAGAAAAACAGAAACAGUGCAUCUGUUGGGAGUGAAGAUGCAAAUUUUGAUUGCCUUCCUGAAAGGGCAUCCAGAAACUCUCCAGAAAAGAGAUUGGAAGACUGGGAAAGCUUUGAUUCGGCCAACCCAGCGGAGGAAAAAUGCAAACAAGGCACAGACGAAGCAAAGCCUCCAGAAAACCCAAAGAUGCCCUUCCCCUACAAAGUAUUGAAAGCCUUGGAUCCUGAGAUCUAUCGGAACAUAGAGUUCGAUGUUUGGCUGGACAGCAGAAAAGAACUUCAAAAAACAGAUUACUUGGUGUUUGCUGGAAGACAGUACUAUUUAGGAGACAAAUGUCAGGUACGCCUAGAAGCUGGGGGUAAAUACUACAAUGCCCAUAUACAGGAUGUUGGACAGGAUAAUAUGGUAACUGUCUUCAUUGAAGAGCUGGCAGAGAAGCAUGUUGUUCCACUGGUAAAUUUGAAGCCUGUGACCCAAGUCACUCCAGUUCCUGCCUGGAAUGUGAUCUCCGCUAGAAAAGGAGGAACCUAUCAGAAGAUAUCAGGUGGGUACAUCCAUGAUUCAAAAUUCAUUGUGACAAAUAUGGAUAUAAAAUCCCGGAAGAAGCUGUUCAAGAAAGUGCGUGGGAAGGAAGUCUAUAUGACUGUGGCGUACAGCAGGGGUCACCCUGUCCUGCCUCCCCGACUGCAGCACAGCAUUACGUCAGAUCGAUCACCUUCGGUCCACUGCUCCCAGAACGGACAUAUAAAUCCAUACGAGCAUUACCACUUUCAGAAUUCGCAGCGGACUGGCCGGGGAUAUGGGAUGCCAAGGGGAUCUGCCCGAUUUAUAAACAGGAACAACAUGACCGGGCCAGAAAUAGCAUUUUAUCCUAGUCCAGGAAAGAGAUGUUAUCAGAGCUAUGAUAACUUCUCGUAUAGAUCACGUUCAUACAGCCGAAGUCGCAGACAGAUGCAAUGUGUAAAUAAAGAGUGCCAGUAUGGAUUUUCACCUGAGAAUGGGGAGGAACCUCAAGGUUUAGAAGAAACGAUCACUUUCUAUGAGAUUGAAGAAGGGGACGAUACAAGUUUUCCUGCUUUGCCUAACCAGGGAAAUGCAGCUGCAAUAGUUCCUCCUCCUGCAGGAUUCUGGGUCACAAGGAGGACUCCGAGCUCCGUCCCACCGAACAAGCAGGGGCUGAAUUCUUCAGAAGAAGAAGUAGAUGAACCAAGUGAUAACGGGGAAUACCAUGAGGAUUAUCUGUACACUCCUUCAGAUCCAGAUUGUGAAACAACCACAGUAUUUAAUGCAACUGAAUCUACUGCAAACUUGUCUCUGCAGGAUGCAGGGACAAACUGUGUUGCUCCUCAGGAAGGACCUACUUCCUACAGUUACUCCCAGAAGGUGAUGGUGAAUUCCGCCAUUAUAUCCAGCUCUGCUUGUGUUAAUACGGCUCCAGCUGCCAUCUUUUCCUCCAGCUCCAGUGCUUCAACUCAAGUCAGUAGCACUGCAUCCACCCCCCAGAAUGCUGUGCCACCGAUCUUAGUAUCCCCUUCAGUGGGGAGGCCAGUUGUAAUCCCAUCAGUGUAUCAGUCACCUCCCCUUCCUCCUGGCAGUGAUGUGGGGGAAAGUGGUAUUACGCCUCCUUACUCUUGUGAUCCCAGUGGAAGUGACCUGCCUAGAGACCCAAAGAUUUUGCAGUAUUACUUUAAUUUGGGUUUGCAGUAUUACCACCAGAGCUGCUGGAACCCUGUGAUGUACGUACAGCAAGCACCACCAUCACCUCCCAUGGAAGCGUAUCAGACAUACCCAGAGCCCGUCUCCGUAGUUGAUCCAUCAGUGCCUCUGUCUUACACCGAUGUAGGGAGGAACGAUAUGCGCCAGAUGCCUGUAGACGCCUCGUCAACCGGUGCCUUAUCCAUCCCAGAACCACCUCCUCUACCUCCUGGAACUGUCUAUUACCCGGUUGUAACAGACUCAUACGCCCCGCCGCCUCUGCCAGGAUACGAAUCUUGCAUCCCAUUUGUGCCCGCGUAUCACUGCGUUGGUCCUUGGUAUCCGGUCAGUCCAUCCUAUGGGAACUCUGCCCGAAUCCACAACCCUGUGAAUCCCAGCCAUUUCCACCAGGUUAGCUACGUUACCUCCUCCAAUCCUGCCCUGCACUGUAUCGCUCAAAGCAUGUAG